UCCUAAUCCCCAGCUGAGCAAGAUUCUUGAAGCCUCGUCUAUCUGCAGCAAUAUAAACUGAAGUCACUAAGCUUACAAUUUCUUUCAGCAAAAUCCGAUCAUUAUUGAAGUGUCCGUAAAGGUUGAUUUGUAACAGUAAUACACAUUCGUAUAAUGAGAACAUACGUAAAUAUUAUUUUGACAUGUCUGUGGUUUUUAUGUGCUAACUCAAGGGAUGAAGAAAAGAUUGCUAAAGCAUGCUAUUGGUCGAACGAAAUCUACGAACCGUGUUUUGGAGGCUGUGCCGAGGUAUCCUGUGAUAAUCCACGGAAUCACCUGCGGCCGUGCUACCCAUACUGCGAACCUGGCUGCGUGUGCGAGGAUCCUUAUGUACGAGACGAUAGGACUCAUCAAUGUGUUCUGCCACAAGAGUGCUCUCCAACGCAAAUGGGAAUACCAGUUCCAACUAAAAGAUCAAGUAAGCCAAGUGGACCGAAGAACAAUCUCAAGACACAAAGACGACACACUAGACCAGAUGAAGCACAAGAUGCUAACGAAAACGAAAGAAUUCCUUUCAAUCGAGUCAAUGAAGUCAAGCCCGGAAAAGCAACCGAAGUUUCAAGAAUGGGAAACUAUUUUAACAUUGUAAUAGCUCCGCCACCUAUUCGAUCUUUACAGCCACGGAAAGUUUUACAGAGUGACAAUUUCAGACCUCCUAAAUAAACGUAAAUCAUUCACA